ACAUGAUGACAAAGCGCACCGUCCGGUCAAAUUACCACGCAAUCCCCGAAAGAGGUACACCGGUUGGUCGUAUCUUUCCAUCCCCGCCUCUCUCUCUCUCUCUCUCUCUCUCUCUCUCUCUCUCCGAAGACCCGUAUCGAGGAAAAAGAACAAGUUGGGCGUGGAGAGGAAAUUAAUUGGAAGGAGAGCGAAGGCAUCGACUGCAGGAAGCACAGUUGCAUGGAUCCUGGCCCUGCCGCAGCCGGUGAUGCGGGAGAGGAAGGUCCCUCCGCCUCGUCAGCUCCCGACGAUCCACCUCCGCCUUUGGCUCCAACAGCGCCACCUGCUCAGCCGCAGCAGCCACUGAGUCGAUAUGAGUCGCAGAAGCGGCGGGACUGGAACACCUUCCUUCAGUACCUGAGGAACCACAGGCCGCCGCUGAGCCUGGCGCGGUGCAGCGGAGCGCACGUGAUCGAGUUCUUGAAGUACUUGGACCAGUUCGGGAAGACGAGGGUGCACGCGCCCGGGUGCACCCACUUCGGCCUCCCUAAGCCACCGGCGCCGUGCGCCUGCCCACUCAAGCAGGCCUGGGGCUCGCUCGACGCGCUCAUCGGCCGUCUCCGGGCAGCCUACGACGAGAACGACGGCCGCCCGGAGUCCAACCCCUUCGGCGCCAAGGCCGUCGGCAUUUACCUUCGCGAGGUGAAGGCCUACCAAGGGAAGGCGCGCGGCAUCCCUUACGAGAAGAAGAGGAAGCGGAAGCGCCUCCCGGGUACAGCGCCCGUCGAGGGGAGUUCAGCUGGCGGAGGGGAGGCAACUGUUGCCGGUGCUUUCAGUAGUUCAGCGGCCAGCGAGGGAUCCAGCGCACCACCGACGAGCUCGUAGUCUGCUUCCUGGGCACCGAUCACUCCUCACAUUUCCCGUCUCUCGUACUGUCGUUCUUUGGCGGCCGCCGGCAAUGGGAGCACGCAUGGAGUGAGUACAUAGCUGUUGGUUCAUGGCUAAUUGUCCGCAUUAAUUCUUCGCUGACUUAGUGAAGCAAAUCUCGAUCAUCAUCAGCAGCAUAGGCAAUUGAAAUCUUAUUAUUAUCCGUUUCAA